CUCCGCCCGGCGCCCCUCCCUUCGCUGGCUCUGGCCUUGCUCAGGCCCUGGGACUGGCAGAGGCGGGUCCCACCUCUCCGCCGCCCUGGGCCGGCCUGGGCCAGCCCCUUGUCCCCCGACCGACGCUUUCAGAGGUCCCUUCUGGCCCGCGACUCCCGCGCCUCCUCCCGCGCUUGAUCCUUCUGACAGAUCCCUGCUGCCAUGAAGAUCGCCGUGAUUGGGCAGAGCCUGUUUGGCCAGGAAGUUUACUGUCACCUGCGGAAGGAGGGACAUGAGGUCGUGGGCGUUUUCACUGUCCCAGACAAGGAUGGAAAGGCGGAUCCCCUGGGCCUGGAGGCCGAGAAGGAUGGAGUGCCAGUGUUCAAGUUCCCCCGCUGGCGAGUGAAAGGACAGGCUCUGCCCGAUGUGGUGGCAAAAUACCAGGCUUUGGGUGCCGAGCUCAACGUCCUGCCCUUCUGCAGCCAGUUCAUCCCCAUGGAGGUCAUCAAUGCGCCCUGCCACGGCUCCAUCAUCUACCACCCAAGUCUGCUCCCCCGGCACCGAGGGGCCUCGGCCAUCAACUGGACCCUUAUUCAUGGAGACAAGAAAGGGGGUUUUACCAUCUUCUGGGCAGAUGACGGUCUGGACACUGGGGACCUUCUUCUCCAGAAGGAGUGUGAGAUCCUCCCGGAUGACACCGUGAGCACUCUAUACAACCGCUUCCUCUUUCCUGAAGGCAUCAAAGGGAUGGUGCAGGCUGUGAGGCUGAUCGCCGAAGGCAAAGCCCCCAGACUCCCCCAGCCUGAGGAAGGAGCCACCUACGAGGGCAUUCAGAAGAAGGAAACAGCCAAGAUCAACUGGGAGCAGUCAGCAGAGGCGAUUCAUAACUGGAUCCGAGGGAACGACAAGGUGCCAGGCGCCUGGACAGAGGCCUGUGGGCAGAAGCUGACUUUCUUCAACUCAACGCUAAACACUGCAGGCCUGGUGCCCGAGGGAGAAGCCUUGCCUAUCCCAGGAGCCCAUCAGCCAGGGAUAGUCACCAAAGCGGGACUCAUCCUUUUCGGGAAUGAUGACAGAAUGCUUCUGGUGAAGAACAUCCAGCUGGAGGAUGGCAGGAUGAUCCCAGCCUCACGCUUCUUCAGCGGAGCAGACAGCAGUGUCCUUGAGCUGACAGAGGCAGAACUGGUCAUGGCAGAGACUGUGCGGAGUGCCUGGAAACGGAUUCUCCCCAGUGUCCUAGAGGUGGAAGACUCCACUGAUUUCUUCAAGUCAGGGGCUGCAUCAGUGGAUGUUGUGAGACUGGUUGAGGAAGUGAAGGAGCUGUGUGAUGGACUGGAAUUAGAAAAUGAAGAUGUUUACAUGGCAACCACCUUUGGGGACUUCAUCCAACUAUUAGUGAAGAAGCUACGAGGGGACAAUAAAGAGAGCGAGUGCAUCAUUGACUAUGUGGAAAAGGCGGUGAACAAGCUCACCCUCCGAAUGCCCCACCAACUCUUCAUUGGGGGACUGUUUGUGGAUGCUGAGGGUGCCAAGACCUAUGAGACCAUCAACCCAACAGACGGAAGUGUCAUCUGCCAGGUGUCCCUGGCCCAGGUUAGCGAUGUUGACAAGGCAGUGGCUGCCGCUAAGGAUGCCUUUGAGAAUGGAUUGUGGGGGAAGAUCAGUGCACGGGAUCGAGGCCGGCUCCUGUACAGGUUGGCAGACCUCAUGGAACAGCACCAGGAAGAGCUGGCCACCAUCGAGGCUCUGGAUGCAGGCGCUGUCUACACACUGGCCCUGAAGACCCACGUGGGCAUGUCCAUCCAGACCUUCCGCUACUUUGCUGGCUGGUGUGACAAAAUUCAGGGCUCCACCAUCCCCAUCAACCAAGCCAGACCAAACCGCAACCUGACCUUGACCAGGAAGGAGCCUAUUGGGGUCUGUGGCAUCGUCAUCCCCUGGAACUACCCCCUGAUGAUGCUCUCCUGGAAGACAGCUGCCUGCCUGGCUGCUGGGAACACAGUGGUGAUCAAACCUGCCCAGGUGACUCCACUCACAGCCUUGAAGUUUGCAGAGUUGACCUUGAAGGCUGGCAUUCCCAAGGGCGUGGUCAAUAUCCUCCCUGGGUCUGGCUCGUUGGUUGGCCAGAGACUCUCAGACCAUCCCGAUGUGCGGAAAAUUGGGUUCACAGGUUCCACAGAGGUGGGAAAACACAUCAUGAAAAGCUGCGCCCUGAGUAACGUGAAGAAGGUCUCCCUGGAGCUGGGCGGGAAGUCGCCCCUCAUCAUCUUUGCUGACUGUGACCUCAGCAAGGCUGUGCAGAUGGGGAUGAGCUCUGUCUUCUUCAACAAAGGUGAGAACUGCAUUGCAGCGGGCCGGCUCUUCAUAGAGGACUCAAUCCACGACCACUUUGUGCAGAAGGUGGUAGAAGAGGUGAAGAGGAUGAAGAUCGGUAACCCUUUAGACCGGGACACCAACCAUGGGCCGCAGAACCACCAAGCCCACCUACGGAAGCUAAUAGAGUACUGCCAGCGUGGUGUGGAGGAAGGGGCCACGUUGGUCUGUGGUGGGAGUCAAGUCCCUCGGCCAGGUUUCUUCUUCGAGCCAACUGUUUUCACGGAUGUGGAGGACCACAUGUUCAUAGCCAAGGAGGAGUCUUUUGGGCCCAUCAUGAUCAUCUCUCGGUUUGCUGAUGGUGACGUGGACACCGUGCUGUCUCGGGCCAAUGCGACAGAAUUUGGCCUGGCUUCUGGCGUCUUCACCAGGGACAUCAACAAGGCCCUGUAUGUUAGUGACAAGCUGGGGGCAGGCACCGUGUUUGUCAACACAUACAACAAGACCGACGUGGCCGCUCCCUUCGGAGGGUUCAAGCAGUCCGGCUUUGGCAAAGACCUCGGAGAGGAGGCCCUGAACGAGUACCUGCGGGUCAAGACAGUUACUUUUGAGUACUGAAGAAAAGAUGUCCUGAGAGAAUGCCCCACUCUCUACGAUGUGUCCUCGCCCUGCACAACCGGGCCUGCCCUCUCAAGGGGAGGCCUAGGCUGCUCCCCCAGAGGUCUCAUGCUCUCACCCCCUCCUGAGUGCACAGCACCCCACUUGAGACACUGUUGGAAACCUUCCUGUCCACACUCUCUGUCCCUGCUGGGACAGCCCCACCCUUGCCCAAUCAUAGUGCCCUUUGUUUGGGUGAGAAAUUGGCCCCAAGGUGAAUAAAGGUUCUGACCAGUGGCAGCAGGA